ACGUACGCGUUUGUAUUCUGGCCAACUUGACACUAUCGCUAGCUGCUGGAAGGACAGGAGAGAAAUGGCUGAUACCAUAGCUGACACAAGACGGCUCUUCAGCAAGCCCCAAAACCUAAACGACGCCUAUGGACCCCCGAGUAAUUUUCUAGAGAUCGAUGUGAGCAACCCUGAGACCAUCGGGGUCGGCAGGACCCGGUAUACUACGUAUGAAGUCAGACUGAAGACCAACCUACCCAUCUUCAAGCUGAAGGAGUCUAGUGUACGGAGGCGGUACAGUGACUUCGAGUGGCUCCGAGCGGAGCUGGAGAGGGAGAGCAAGGUGGUCGUCCCACCUCUCCCAGGAAAAGCCCUCAUCCGGCAGCUUCCGUUUCGAGGGGAUGAUGGGAUAUUUGAUGACUCCUUCAUUGAGGAGCGGAGACAGGGCCUUGAGCAGUUUCUCAACAAAGUGGCCGGUCACCCUCUAGCUCAGAACGAACGAUGCCUGCACAUGUUUCUACAGGACGAGUCUGUGGACAAGAGCUACACCCCAUCCAAAAUCAGACAAGCCUAAAGAAAAAGAUGGCUCUGCUUGGCCUGGUCUGGCUCGCCCUGGCUUGGCCCAACAACCCAAAGCUCUCUUCACUGCUCCAGGUUUCUCUCAGACAAUAAACGUUUAAAUCAAAACUUCCCCGCGCCCCCUCCCCUCCAAAGUAAUAUUGUUCACCGCCUCUUUUAGUUUAAUUAGUGACCCUGAUCGGUGUUUGUUUUCACUUUCUAAUUGGAGUCAAGAAUGUUCGACACAUUACUGGUUGAAAGUAAUUUAUAGUAAUUUCUCUUUGUGUCUGGAAAUGCCACUAACAUGGAUAUAUUAUGUAUUUAUCAUUUAGCUAUGUCUUGAAUAUAUUCAUUUAUAUAGUAACAUUGAAUGAGCGUUCUAUGUAUGCAAAGCUCUUGUAAAGACCCACAGCGUUUCCCAUCAUUCAUAUAUAUAUUAUAUAUAUGUACUCCAGGCAUGUUGCUCACCAUAACUAGCAACUAAACACACAUAGACACACACACACACACACACACACAUACACACAUACACACAUAUAUAUGAUUGGCGGGCCUUGACUUUCAAAUCACACUUAGUUGAUCCUGUCUUCAAAAGGAAGCACGUGUGUGUGUGUAUAUCAACCAGCACCUGCCCGGUUAUCACAAUGAUUUUCUAGCGAGAAAGAAGUAAUUUACACAGAGGGAACUGCAGUAUUUCUACUGGCUAUAUGCAUUUUGAGAUUUGUAUACUGCUGUGCCAUUUUUGUUUAUUUUGAAGAUUUUCCAAUAAAAUAGGUGAAAUGUCUCCACGCA